CCCGCCCGUUCCCCCGCGGCACACGGGAGGCGGCAUCGGCCCCGUGGCUGGGCGCGGAGCGGAAGGUGAGUCCCGGCGGCGAGACAAGAGGGGAGCGGCCACCAGCGUCGCCCGCGGCUCGGGGGCGCCCCGCGGCUAAACCGGCGCCCGCCUCCCUCCAGCUUUUUACCACGCCGGGUGCGGCCUGCGUGCCGCUGACCACUGCCUCGCGCUCUCCCCAUCUUACCUCUCGUCCCGGCGCCAUUUGAAGAAUGAAAAUCUUCUCAAGCUGAUCUGUUUGCUACUUUUGGAAGCUGUACAGCCAUCAGCUACUUGGCUGUUCUGCAUGCUGCUACUGAAGAGUCUAGGAUAUUUUGGCCAUUCAAAAUGAAUGAACAUCCUAAAAAGAGGAAAAGGAAGACUCUACAUCCUUCUCGAUAUUCAGAUUCUUCGGGUGCACCCAAAUACAUAGACAACAGUGGCAUUUUUUCUGACCACUGCUAUAGUGUCUGUUCUAUAAAACAGCCAGAUAUAAAGUUUUCUGAAAACAGAGGUAGAUUCCACAGUCCAGCGCAGAGUGUGGACACAGAUGAUGAUGGGAGUCCAGUGCAUGCUGGAACUUCUCAAUGGAGUGGGUCACAUCCAAAUGUGGGGUUCCACUAUACAGACCCUAAAAAGAAGGAUAAAGAUAAAGGUACUAAUAAUGGAAUGUGCAGAGACUUAUGUGAUUCACCUAUAUUCAGUGACAGCCCUACAGAUGAAGAGAAACCUCUAGAUAUUCAAACUGUAGAAAUUUCUACAACAGAAGUGAAUGCUGUAGAAGUUCAUGAUAUAGAAACACAAACUGUGUCACCUGAAAAACUAGAAGCUGAGGAUCUAGAGGAGAUCCCUCUGGAAACCUGUAAAAUAUUUGAGAAGAACCAGGCUUUGAAUAUCACAGCUCAACAGAAAUGGCCUUUGCUGAGAGCCAACAGCAGUGGCUUAUAUAAAUGUGAGCUCUGUGAGUUUAAUAGCAAGUAUUUCUCUGAUUUAAAGCAGCACAUGAUCCUAAAGCAUAAGACUUGUACAGACACUCAUGUCUGUAAAGUUUGUAAAGAAAGCUUCUCCAGCAAAGUGCAGCUCAUUGAACACGUAAAACUCCAUGAGGAGGAUCCAUACAUCUGUAAAUACUGUGAUUACAAAACAGUGAUAUUUGAGAAUCUGAGUCAGCACAUCGCGGACACUCACUUCAGUGAUCACCUUUAUUGGUGUGAGCAGUGUGACAUGCAGUUCUCCUCGAGCAGUGAGUUGUACCUGCACUUCCAGGAGCACAGCUGUGACGAGCAGUAUUUGUGUCAGUUCUGUGAGCAUGAAACAAAUGACCCGGAGGAUCUGCAUAGCCAUGUGGUGAAUGAACAUGCGUGUCGACUGAUAGAGUUAAGUGACAGCUAUAAUAACAAGGAGCGUGGGCAGUACAGCCUCAUAAACAAGAUCAGUUUUGACAAAUGCAAGAACUUCUUUGUAUGCCAAGUCUGUGGCUUUAGGAGCAGGCUGCAUACCAAUGUCAACAGGCAUGUAGCUAUUGAACACACCAAAAUAUUCCCUCAUGUUUGUGAUGACUGUGGGAAGGGCUUUUCAGGUAUGUUGGAAUAUUGCAAGCAUUUAAGCACUCAUUUAUCUGAAGGGAUUUAUUUGUGUCAAUACUGUGAAUAUUCAACAGGACAGAUUGAAGACCUCAAAACUCAUUUGGAUUUCAGGCAUUCAGCAGAUUUGCCCCAUAAAUGUACUGAUUGUUUAAUGAGGUUUGGAAACGAGAAAGAUCUCUUAAGUCAUCUUCAGAUACAUGAGACAGUGUAAUUGCUUUCUUUCCCUGUAAUCAGUUUUUUAGAACUCAGAUUAAUUUCCAGUCACUGAAAUGUUAUAUUAAAUACAAUUUUAACAGCA